AUGUCGUUCAAUAAUAGUUUCAAUCCUUCAUGUAAUGUGAAAACUGAGCCUGGUUUGGUGUCAGCGGAUGCUGAAUACGAAACAUUUCCAUUGAAAGCCCUCACACAGGAAGAACUAGAAGAAACAAGGUACCACGUCUUGAAAUUCCACAGUGUGAAGAAGAUCGACCCGGCAAAAGAUUUUGAACGGCCAACAAGACUACAUAGAAAGGAUCCAAAGAACUUACAAUUUCAGAUGUCACUAAAAGAGUUGGAGCAAAAGAAAGUCCGGGAUGCAGAAAAAGAACAAGAGCAGAUAGCUAAAAGGAAAGAGUAUAUUGCAAAAACAGGUAAAACAGAGUUGACUGACGAGCAAAUCGAUGAGGAGAUAGAGGUUGAAGGUUUGGAUGAGAGAGAUCGUAAGAUAUACGAAGAAAAGAAAAAGAAGGAAAAGGAAAUUCAAGAAAAGGAGGAGGAAAGGAACAGACAGAUGCAACUUGUUGCACCAGAUGGGGGUGCUAGAAAAUCCAAGAAGCAAGUGAUUAAAAAGAGGACUAAACAGGUUAAAGUAUACAACGAAGCCAAGCGGAAACUAAGGUAUGAAGAAUUUUAUCCAUGGGUGUUAGAAGAUUACGAUGCUAAACAAGCUUGGGUUGGUAAUUACGAAGCUGGCCUACAUGACAAUUAUUGUAUGCUGAUUUUAGAUCCUGUAACAAAAUGCUUCAAGUUAGCACCAGUUGAGAAAUUUUAUAAGUUCACCUCAAGAAAUAAGUAUGCAACAUUGACGCUAGAAGAAGCGGAAGCCAAGAUGAAACAAGGAAGUUCAGGUCAACGUUGGCUAAUGAGGAAAAUGUUGGAUGAAGUUGAGACCGGUAAAAGAGUCGAUUUGAGAUAUAGAAAAAUUGCUAACCUAAAAGUGGAUGGCGACGCACUUGGCGAUGAUGAAAAAAGGUCCGAUGAAGAUGAAGACCUGGAUUUUGAUGAUGAAUUUCAAGAUGACGAAGAAGCACCAAUUAUGGAGGGCCCUGAUGAGGAAAAGAAGUUGAUUGAGAACAAGGUGAAGAAGGAAAUGUUAAGUGCCAAUAACUUGAUCGAGAAAGUUCCAGUUGAUGAAGAAAGUGAUGAGGAUUUAGAUGAUUUGUUCGAAGUGAAAAAGGAAGAUAAGGAAAGUAAAAAAUUAAGAAAAGCACUAAGUAAGAACGCAAUGAAUGAGGUUUACGCUAGUGACGACGACGAAUCAGAAAACCCCUACCUAUCGGAGAGUGAAGUGGAAAGCGAAGAAGAGAACCAAAAAGAGAAGGAGGAAGAAGUUAAAGUUAAAGUUGAAAGCGAUGAUGAGGUAAAUAUCAAGAUGAAACCAGCUGAUGAGACCCAAUUUUCCAGCCCAGCCUGGAAAAGAAAUAAGUCUAUUUAUAUUUCUGGUUAUCGAGGUGGCUUCCUUACUAUCAAAGCUACAGAGAAGAUUUUGUCACAAUUUACGCAUGGUGAAUGGAAUCCGAGAACUGCUAUCCGUAGAGAUUUGACAGAAGAUAGGCUAGGUCAGGAACAUGAGGUCAACACAACAGAGACAGAUCCAAAUAAGCUGACUCGCGCUGACAUAGAUGCCCUAUUAGUUAACGGACCAAUCGAUCUGUCGGUUAUGGUCAAGGCAUUGCGUGGAAAAAUGCAUAAAGAUCCGAACUCUAAAGAUACUCUAAAACAGAUUCUAAAAGAGCACUUUAUCUUGAAGAACAAACAAGUCCAUCCUAAAGAAUAA